CGACAAAAGCUUGCCAUCCACACCCCAAUUUCCUCAUAAAGCCAGCUCAACCUAUCUGUCCCUCUCUCUCCCUCACACGCACCUUACCAUUUCUGCUCCCCACUCGAGCCGGACUUACCCUCCAUUAACUACCCUGCUUCUCAUAUCUCAAACUCUCAAGCGUACCGCCCUCGCGCCGCAUUCCUUCCCUUUCUCCUCCCCUUUCUGAUCAUGUAAGAAGUAUGGCAUAGUACCCGGAAUUUUUUUUUUUUAAAAAAACAAGUUAAAGCUGGUCAGUGCAUCCUGGCUCUGAAAUUUCACGCUUCUUCCUGCUCCUCGCGAUGCCUGCCUCCCGUGCUCUGUUCCUGAGUCUCCUCAACAUUUGUUUGCUUGCGAGCUUAUCUUCUGCGGAAGAUCCGACUGUUUUCUAUAACUUCGAGGUCUCUUACGUCACUGCCUCUCCUCUUGGAGUCCCUCAACAGGUUAUUGCUAUAAACAAUUUGUUCCCGGGUCCUACAAUUAACUCAACCACAAAUAACAAUGUCGUCGUCAAUGUUCGGAACAAAUUGGACGAGAAUCUCCUCAUUCACUGGUCUGGGGUUCAGCAACGGCGAAGCUCAUGGCAGGACGGAGUUCUUGGCACAAAUUGUCCCAUUCCUCCCAAGUGGAACUGGACUUACAAAUUUCAGGUGAAGGAUCAAAUCGGAAACUUUUUCUACUUUCCGUCUCUUAAUUUCCAGAGAGCAGCUGGUGGAUUUGGAGGUUUCGUCAUAAACAACCGUCCCAUUAUUCCUAUUCCUUUUGAUACUCCUUAUGGGGACAUUGAAAUUUUUAUUGGUGAUUGGUACACGCGGAAUCAUACGGAUUUGCGGAAGGCACUUGAUGCAGGAAAAGACCUUGGGAUGCCAGAUGGUGUUCUCAUCAAUGGGAAAGGCCCUUAUAGAUAUAACGAUACGCUUGUUGCCGAUGGAAUUGAAUACGAAACAAUUGAGGUCCACCCUGGAAAAACUUAUCGGCUUCGUGUACACAAUGUUGGUGUUUCAACAAGUCUGAAUUUCAGGAUUCAGAACCAUAACCUACUUUUAGCUGAGACUGAAGGAUCCUAUACAGUGCAACAGAACUACACCAGCUUAGAUAUUCAUGUUGGUCAAUCUUACACGUUUCUGGUAACCAUGGAUCAGAAUGCAAGUUCAGAUUACUAUAUUGUAGCGAGUGCUAGGUUUGUGAAUGAGUCACUUUGGCAAAGAGUUACUGGAGUUGCCAUCUUGCAUUAUACAAAUUCCAAGGGGAAGGCUGCUGGUCCUCUUCCAGACGCUCCAGAUGACCAAUAUGACAAGACCUUCUCAAUGAAUCAGGCACGAUCCAUCAGAUGGAAUGUAUCAGCCAGUGGUGCUCGCCCUAACCCACAGGGAUCUUUCAGAUAUGGUUCCAUCAAUGUGACUGAUAUUUAUGUAUUGAGAAAUAAGCCUCCGGAGAAGAUUAAGGGGAAGAGACGAGCUACACUCAAUGGGAUCUCUUUUGUCAACCCUUCCACUCCAAUCAGACUUGCUGACUGGUUCAAAGUGAAGGGAACAUACAAACUUGAUUUUCCUGCCAAGCCUCUAACAGGACCGCCUCGGGCAGAAACCUCAGUAAUCAAUGGAACAUUUAGAGGAUUCAUGGAAAUCAUAUUGCAGAACAAUGACACCAAGAUGCAUACCUACCACUUGGAUGGAUAUGCAUUUUUUGUUGUAGGGAUGGAUUAUGGUGAGUGGUCUGACAGCAGUAGGGGUACAUAUAAUAAGUGGGAUGGAAUUGCUCGCACUACUACUCAGGUUUAUCCUGGGGCAUGGACAGCAAUUUUGGUAUCUCUUGACAAUGUUGGAGUUUGGAACCUGAGAACAGAGAACCUUGAUUCAUGGUAUCUUGGUCAAGAAACGUAUAUCAGGGUUGUCAAUCCAGAGGCCACUAACAAGACCGAGCUGCCCAUUCCAGACAAUGCCCUAUUCUGUGGCGCCCUUAGUAAAAUGCAAAAGCCACAAGAUAUCUCUUCAGCUCCGUCACAUGUGGGGGGUAGACUCAGCCUGUUCUGUUUCCUGAUGAUCGUAUGCACCUUCUCCCCCCUUUUCCAGUAGAAUUACAUUGUGGGGGAAUCCUCUAUGUUGCUUCGUGGAGUGAGCAAGGUUUGUGGUUGAGUUUUUUUCUUCCAGAAUUGUAAGCCUGGCACUGUUUAUAUCAAUCUUCCGGUGAUUUUUACUUGUUCUUUUUUUUCUAUUCUUUGUUUAUGCUCUUGGGUUUCUUUUCAAAUUUGAUCGGGACUUCUUGAUUCUUUUAGUGGCUAUAAUUUAUGUACAUGGAUGACAAUGAAUUGGAUGAUACAUGCAAAGUUGUGAACUUGAUUCCAAGCG